CUCAACAGAGUAUCUAUCUUCUUCAGGAGUGAAGACUAGCAAAAACAGAGUAUAAAUAGGUAAACCCGGGAACGACCCGCAACCCGAGAAAUCCUCUCCUUAGUUUGAAAAUUAGAAGCACAAGAAUAAGAAGAAUUACAGAAACUCAAACAUAAUUCCCUCCUUAAACCCUAGAUUUUAAUCUAAAAACUAUAUAUAUAUAUAAAAAAAAAUUGACAUCACUUUAUUCAUAGUUAUGGCUCUAGAGGAAUCGGCAACUGUCAUAGAUUCCCUCCCUGAUUCCUUCAAUUCAUCGGCGGCUACGACUUCAUCCUCAUCUCUCUAUCUCGACCGUCCAUUCGAUCAAACCGCCUCUUCUUCACCGUCCGAUCCACCGCCUGCUCUUUCCAGGAAUUCUUCACUCAAUGCGCUUGCUCCGGCAUUCGUUCCACGAACUUCAUCGUCUCCGUCGUUGCCAUCGUCGCCGUCGAUUUCUCCGUCGACGUCGCUGGCCGAUUUGAAUCAGGCCGGUAAAACGCUAGUCCACGUGUACGCUACUCCUGCUGCUAAUUUCCAUCCGGUUCAGAACCAUUUUGUUUAUGCUCCUCAAUUUCCGGUUCAGUAUCCGUCGCCGUUUUAUGGUGGUGUUGUGGACGGAGUUGCACAAGAGAUGGUUGUUGGUGCUGAUUUGGAUCAUGCUAGUAAAAAUGGAGGGUUAACUGAAGAAGCUGUUCAAAAGAUUAUUAAUCAAGUGGAGUUCUACUUCAGUGAUUUAAAUUUGGCAACAACUGAUCAUCUAAUAAAGCAUAUGCUCAAGGAUCCCGAAGGAUAUGUACCAAUAUCCGUGGUUGCAUUGUUCAAGAAGAUUAAAGCUCUUGUAGAUAGUCAUACACAGCUUGCUCAAGUUUUGCGGAGCUCUACAAAGCUUGUAGUUAGUGACGAUGGCAUGAAGGUCAAACGCAAAAUUCCUUUGACUGAAACCGACUUGAAAGAGUUGCAAUCCCGAAUAGUGAUUGCUGAAAAUUUGCCCGAGGACCACUGCCACCAAAAGCUCAUGAAGAUUUUCUCAACUGUUGGAAGUGUGAAGAUGAUUCGCACCUGCCAACCUCAGUAUUCCAGUGGUGGGGCUUCUUCAGGAUCUAGAACAGCAAAAUCAGAUAUUAUGAUGUAUAGCAACAAGUUACACGCUUUUGUGGAAUACGAAUCCAUCAAAUUGGCUGAGACGGCGGUUGCAGAAUUAAAUGAUGAGGAUAACUGGAGAAAUGGUCUAAAAGUCCGGUUACUUCUUAGACACACGGAAAAAUGUGGCCAAGCUCGAGGGAAAAAAGUUGGUCAUGAAAGUGAACAGAACUUCAAGGAAGAUGAUGGUUUUGCAUUAGAGGUCAAUGAAAAGCUUAAUGAAGAGUCAUCACACCAUCUUGAUGCUCGGUCCAAUGAGCUUGCAGAGGAGCAUGACAGUGAUGGGAUGAGGAAAAGGUGUGGUCAUGCUCGGGGUAAGGGACAAGGACAGGGUCAGGGACGUGGACAUGGACGUCCCCAGUUUCAUCAAAACAACUGUGGAGGUCAUUUAGGGGCUCCCAUGUCAAACAUCAAUCGUGGAAGUAGUGCGGGAAAUGCCCCCUCAAAUGUCAAUCGUGUUGGUCUAGGGCAGCCUGUUUUUGAUCAGUCAGUAGCAGCCAAGCAAUCUUCUGUACCUCGUAUGUCGGAUGGCACUAAGGGAUUCUCCAUGGGUCGAGGUGGGGAUUUUUUUCUCCUUUUGCAGGUAUUAGAAAUGCUGUCAAUCCAGUGGAGCUGGUAUGAUAACAUUUGGCCGUUUAAGGGUCGUGGUUUUUUGCUCUGCUCGUCUGAAUGUGCGCACAAUUUGCUGGUUUUUAACAGUAGGGAUAUCUUCCUAAUAAAAGGGCAGUCCGGUGCACUAAGCUCCCACUAUGCGCGGGGUACGCGGAAGGGCCAGACUACAAGGGUCUAUUGUACGCAGCCUCACCUUGCAUUUCCACAAGAAGUUGUUUCCACAGCUUGAACCCGUGAUCUCCUGAUCACAUGACAGCAACUUUACCAGUUAUGCCAAGGCUCCCCUCCUAGGGAUAUCUUCCUAAUGCGUUACUUAAUUUUAGGGGUCGUGUAGAUGUGUUAACUUUUCCAUAAAACUUAAUUGAACAAGUUUUUUUUUCUUUUUUUGGAAAAUUUAAUGGCAGAAUAGCCUGACAGACACCUCUACGUAUUAGGCUUUGGCAUCCUGGUCCCCCUAUUCCACAUAGUUUCAACCAGGCACUUCAACUUGUAUAAAAUAUUAGUUUUAAACCCCUCUAACCAUUGACCAAACU